AAGAAUGAAGACUGGUAAGGUGGUUAUUUUAUUAACAAAAAUAGAUAGUAAAGCAACACCAUUAUGUUUUUUUCCUGCCUUGUGGCAUCUGUUUAUAAGGACUGGACUUUUAUUAAGUUGUGUUGUUUUAUUGACAAUACAUGCAUCGUUAUCUUUUGACUUUGAAGGAUAUCUCAUGUCAAAGGAAUCAAGUUGUGAUUUGUAGAGGAUUCAGCUGGAAUAGCUUGUGGGUGCUGGCUAAGGGUGGCAAAAUGCCUACCGAGACAUGAAGAUUUUGGCCACUAGUUUUGCCCUUGGGAGCCUGGGGUUGGCCUUCUACCUGCCUUUGGUGGUGACUACACCUAAAACACUGGCCAUCCCUGAGAAGCUGCAGGAAGCUGUGGGGAAAGUUAUCAUCAGUGCCACAACCUGUACGGUCACCUGUGGCCUUGGCUAUAAGGAGGAGACUGUCUGUGAGGUGGGCCCUGAUGGAGUGAGAAGGAAAUGUCAGACUCAGCGCUUGGAAUGUCUGACCAACUGGAUCUGUGGGAUGCUCCAUUUCACCAUUCUCAUUGGCAAGGAAUUUGAGCUUAGCUGUCUGAGUUCAGACGUCCUGGAGAUUGGACAGGAAGCUUUCCGGUUCACCUGGAGACUUGCUCGAGGUAUCAUCUCCACUGACGACGAGGUCUUCAAACCCUUCCGAGCCAACUCUCACUUUGUGAAGUUUAAAUAUGCUCAGGAGUAUGACUCUGGGACAUACCGAUGUGAUGUGCAGCUGUUAAAAAACUUGAGACUUGUCAAGAGGCUCUAUUUUGGGCUGAGGGUUCUUCCUCCUAACUUGGUGAACCUGAAUUUCCAUCAGUCACUUACUGAAGAUCAGAAGUUAGUAGAUGAGGGAUUGGAAGUUAAUCUGGACAGCUACUCCAAGCCUCACCACCCAAAGUGGAAAAAGAAGGUGGCGUCAGCCUUGGGGAUAGGAAUUGCCAGUGGAGUGGUUGGUGGUGUGUUAGUGAGGAUUGUCCUCUGUGUGCUGAGGGGGGGCCUGCAGCAGUGACAGCCUCAAGAACGUAACAGCCUUGCUCUUGAAGAUCUGGCUGCCCAGGAAGCCAAGCUAGCUUUUUAGGGGAGUGUUCUGGCUGCUGGUAGUGGAUCAGCUUAGAGGGAAGGCUCCCACGGCCAAAAGAAUGAGUGGGAGAAAUGGAGGGGACAACCUCCUGGGAGCUAUGGGCAGUAAUCUAACUUCCUUAUGUCCCAUGGAUCUCUUCCUGAUCGUCCCUGCCCAUUGGGUACCCAGAAAACUGCAAGCAUUGCCUGUGUUCCUGGAAGAGUUCAAAGAAGCUUGCAUUCAUUUUCUACCCUUUAUAACUUGGAUGCCUCCCGCCUCCAUUUCCCCUCUUCUGAGCUGUGUAUUCAUGUAGAGGGAUGUAUUCAGAUUUUCUAAUGAACAUUUUUUUCUUCAAUAAAAAUGAUUCACAGUA